CCUAACCCCUUCACCCCCCCCCCCCCCGCUUUUUCCCCUUGAUUACCUUCAGCCAACCAUGGCCAACCCGGACCGGCAGCGUGAUCUUCUCUGGCUCCACACCGUUCGCGGAAUUGCUUACCACGUCUCGAAGAUUGGAGACCUAAUUGGGAAAUGUGCGGAUGACACAGAGAAGCUUGUCCAUCAGAACUUACCAUUAGAUCCCUACGCUGCAAAGUCUGCUCCUCAUCUCGAGCGCGAGCAAGAUGACAUGUCCGCCCGCCAACGUCAGCCUCAUUGGGCCUGGCGCAGGGCUCCUGCUAUCACUCCCAAAGCACCAAACGUCGUUGGACCAGCUCCCCCCGACGUAAUGCCACCUCCCACCCACUCGUCUCGACACAAUGGUCUUGUUCCUCGACCCUCGCCAUACUAUUAUCAGCCGGAAUAUCCUCCUGCUUCUCUCCAGCGCAGAUUUGUCCACCCAGACCACCAAAUGGACGACCAUGACUUUGACCGUUUUGCAAGGAAGCGUCCGUCUUCUGCUCCUAACGGUGAUAUGGAUCACUAUGCAUCUCGAGAGGGUGACGAGAAUAUGCCCAGGCUCAAGAGAGUAAGGAUAAACUGGACAAAUCAAGAGAAUGGAAUCUUCUUCGAUACCGUCAGAAGAAGCGCGACACUAGAUGAGCAGAGUCUUAUUCGCGCCAUCGUGGCCAAUAUGGGUGGAAAAAGAAACUGGACUCAAUGCAAGGGACACUUUAGGAAUUUGGUUUUUGUCAACAAGAUAUCAUUAGAUGAAAAGACCAAGAAGUGGAGUGUCAAUCCAGACGCGAAGAGGCCCAUGCGGACGUCUUCCACUUCCGGAAGAGGUUCGGAGCAAUCUGCGAGUGAAAGUGAUGUUCGUCCUGGAGAGAAGGUUGAGAACGGCAAGAGCCAACCGUUGAAGAGCAGUAGUGAAGCUCAACAAGAGGAUCACCAACGCAUUGACAAGGACGACGAUGAAGAGGAGGAGGAAAGUGCAGAAGUUGAAGAUGUCGAACUUGGGGGCGGAGAUGAUGGUGACAGCAAUUACGUGGCUCCGGAUGAAGAAGAAGACGCCGAAAAACAGGUUGAAAAGCGCUCAGGGCACGGCAAAACCUCCGAUACGAGAAGGAGAUUAACAAAUAGUGACGUGCAAAAGAAGAAUGGCACCAAUGGGGUUGACCAGGCUCGUACGCGAGCCCUUAAAGGAUCACGAGGCGAUUCCAAGACAAGUGACCGAUCGCCUCGUGCGCUAAAAGGGGAGCGGCGUGUUGGUGAUAUGGAAGACGUUGCACGAACAAUGCCACACCGAAAGCAACUCAGCGCACUGAAGGUUGAGAAUGGUUCCAAGUCGUUCAACUCUCCGUCCCGCAGGUUGAAGGAUAUGAAGAGGAGGAACACUGCAGACUAUCGUCCCACUGGAUACGCUGAAGGGCGACGGUACUUGAAGCAGUAGGAUCUGCGCGUGGCCACAGCUAAUCUUUUCGGUGCGUUUGGUUGUACAAGCUCUGAUCAAAACAGUGGUUGAUCGUACUUUCUAGCUAUACAUUUCUGAGUAAAUCUGACUCUUGCAUCCCGGUAUUA